UUUUGUAUACCAUAUUUUAGGAUUGCAAAGUAUUGGUGGAAUAAACUACCGACUCAUAAAAAGCACAACUACAAGCGAAUGCUAAAACGACACCAGCAAGUAGUGUACAUUAUUGCAUUAUUCGGUACCGGUGCUGGAAUUUAUUACAUAUAUAAUCACAUCGAAAGCGUUCCAUUAACUGGUCGAACGCGAUUAAUGAUGCUAAGCCAUGAACAUUUACAAGAGCUAGGGAAAAUGUUGUACGAUGAACAAAUUCAGGCAAAUGGUGAACAUCUUCUGCCUACCACCUCAUCUCAAUAUCAUAGAGUAAAGAGCGUAGUUUCACGCUUGAUUAAAAACAAUGGCGACAUCCCUCAAAUCAAUACGCUACAUUGGGAAAUCAAUAUAAUUGAUUCUAAUGAAGUCAAUGCUUUCGUUUUACCGGAUGGUCAAAUUUUUGUAUACAAAGGCAUGCUAUCAACACUUGGCAACGAUGAUGCUUUAGCCUUCUUACUAGGACAUGAAAUGGCUCAUGCCUUGCUAUCACAUGCGGCUGAACAAUUGAGCUUUUUCAAUAUCUUCGAUCUGCUAGCAGCGGUCUCUCUGGGGCUUGUUUGGGCACUAAUGCCAACUGAUGUUGUAGCUGCUGUAACCCAUUGGUUCCAUAAUUCUAUAGCUUCAAUUUGCUUGCAUAGACCCUAUUCGAGAAAAUUGGAGGUAGAAGCUGAUUUAAUAGGCAGUAACCUUGCAACCAAAGCGUGCUAUGAUGUCCGUGCUGCGACUUAUUUUUGGGAAAUGCUCGCUAAUAAAGACCCAUCAAAUGCGGAGUUAGAGUGGUUGUCGACACAUCCUUCACAUCAAAAACGAGCUGACCUGAUUAAAGAACGAAUGACUGAGGUUGAAUAUUAUACACAUUUAUUGGAAUAUAAAGUACAGAAACAAAGAAUUUAUAAAUGA